CCCUCUUGUUGCGGGCGAUCCUCUCCAGCUGCUCCGGGGACAGAGGGCUAAGAGGUGGGCUGGUCGGCUCCGACUCCACCGCCGAGGGCUUCAGCUUCUUCUGCACAAUUUUGGUGUAUUGAGCAAAGUACAGAGCAGGCCUCAAAAACUAAAAGUAAACUCCAGGGAGCACCAAAGACAACAGGUUACUACAAUGGAAAAGUUUGUGGUUCGGGGACCAAAUAAACGCUCCUGCACCAAUGAUGCCCUAAUAAGAAGUCCUAGGAAGAAGGUUAAACUGGAGGAAGAUGAGAGGCUGAAGGAAGAGGAGGAUGAAGAGGAUGAAGAUGAAGCUUUAGCAGAGUUCUCUAACCCUGUCCCCUGGCAAAAAAUAGAAGCAGAGGGACUAGACUGUGAUUAUGCUCAACUCUUCUCCAAGGAGGAGGCAGACAAACUUUUUAAACAGCUGGAAGAGGAGGUGGUGUACUCAACAGGGGAAGAAGCAAAGGUCCAGGUGUUUGGAAAGGUGUACAAUAUACCCAGAAAGCAGGCAACAUACGGAGAUGCAGGUCUAACCUACACUUAUUCUGGUGUGAGACGUUCAGCCUGCCCAUGGACUCCAACCUUGAAAUCCAUUCGGGAUGCCGUCACAAAAACAACAGCACAGACAUUCAACUUUGUCUUGGUGAACAGGUACAAAGACGGGCAGGAUCACAUGGGCGAGCAUCGUGAUGACGAGAAGGAGCUGGACCCCCUCUGUCCCAUCGCCUCUGUCUCUCUGGGAGCAGCUCGAGACUUCAUCUUCAGGCACAGAGACGCUCGGGGAAAACAGAGCCGCCGACAGAUCGAGCCCGUGAGGCUGGAGCUCGCUCACGGUAGCCUGCUCCUCAUGAACCCACCAACUAACACUUUUUGGUACCACAGCCUUCCUGUUCGCAAGAAGGUCCUCCUGCCCCGCAUCAACCUCACCUUUAGACGCAUCAUACUGGACAGAAAGAAAUGAGGCAGCCAUGGCCAAGUGUGGAUUAUCAGCUGGGGGGGAACUCACUUGUCAACACACGGACAAAUAUCACAAAUCUUUAUGUGAUUCUUAAUGGAGCAAAUGAAUCUGAGUGGUAACUGUAAAUGGCAGCACAGAGGUGGCACAAGUUCAAAGUACCACUUUUUCAGUAAUUUUCAUCAGGUGACAUUCUGUAUAGCAGCUGGCAAUGUUCCUGAAGACAUGAACACUCUCAAAUGAACAAUUAUAAACAAUUCAGUCUUUUUUAAAUUACAGGUUCUCACUGAGUGCAGACCAUGUAGGCUACAUUUAGUCAGAACACUGUUCAUGAAUAAAGACUUCACUAUUCAUGUACUAUACACUGAUAGCAGAUUAGGCCUGUAACAUAUGUUGUGGAAGGAAAGUUGAAAGUUGUGUACUGUUCCAAAGUGCAAGUGUAAGUGUGUAAAAAUGUAACUUUUUUGAAUUACAGUCAGUGAAUUAUGUGAUUGGUUGAGAUGUCAUCUGGUAGUGAUUCCACUACUGGAUUUAAAAUUAAAAGUGGAGGAAGCCUGUGGUCCUCUUGGCCAAGA